AUGGAGCAUGAAGGACGAUUGUGUUCUAUUGUUCACCAAUAUCUCUUGGAGCAAAUACAUCUGGGCGACUUCAGUCGUCCAAAAUAUUGGCAUAAAAAUUUUCCACAUAAGUUUUUUUUUAAAUUACCGUACACUUCUUCUUUUCUUUUUUCUUUCCUCAUUUAUUUCUUUUAUUCAUUCUUCCUUCUUGUCUCGUCAGUCUGUCUUUCUUUCUUUUUUUCUUUCUGUCUUUCUUUCCUUCUUUUAACCUUCUUCUUGUCCAGUUCGUCUUUCUUUGCUUUUAUUGUUCUUGUUUUCUCCAUCUUUCUUUCUUUGUUUUCUUCUUCCUCCUUUUCUUCUUCCUCAUUCUUUCUUUCUUUCUUUCUUUCUUUCUUUCUUUCUUUUACUCUUCUUUCUUAUCCUAUUCGUCUUUCUUUUCUCUUAUUCUUCUUGUUUUCUCUGUCUUUCUUUCUUUGUUUUAUUCUCCUGCCUUUUCUUCUCCCUCAUUCUUCGUUUCUUUCUUUCUUUCUACUUUUCUUCUCCGUCUUUCCGUCUGUCUUUCUUUCUUUUCUUCUUCCUUCAUUUCUUCUCCGUCUUUCUUUUAUUCUUCCUUCUUUUCUUUUUCUUCUUUCUUUCUUUCUUUAUUUUAUUUAUCCUUCAAGAUUUCUUAGUCUUUCUUUCUUCCCUCUUUUCUUCUCCGUCUUUCUUUCUUUUAAUCUCUCCCUUUCCUUCUCCGUCUUUCUUUCUUUGUUUUAUUUUUGCUUCUUUUCUUCACUGUCUUUCUUCCUUCGCUUUCUUUCUUCUUACUCUUUCUUUCUUCUUUCGUUUUUUUUUUAA